CACAGUUUGCACUUUCUUUGGCUUCCUCGUUGAGAUCGUCCUUUCUUCGUCCAUUUCUUUUUCCUCUUUUCCCUUCAACUUUAAGCUCCCAAAAACCCCUCAAAAAAACACUACCUUUAAACAAUUCCCAGAAAAAAUGGCAUUGAAAUUUCAACACCCAUUAACAUUGCAGUCAUCAAAGUCAUCUUCUUCAUUCAUAUUUCCUCGAUCUCAUCAACUCAGAUCUUCUCAUCGUGUUUUCACGGCUUCCACCAUUGGAAUCACCUCAAAGGAGGUUCCAAAUGGUAAAAAACCUUACAUGCCUCCAAGAGAAGUGCAAGUGCAGAAGACUCACUCAAUGCCGCCCCAAAAGAUGGAGAUGUUUAAAUCAUUAGAAAAUUGGGCCGAGGAGAACCUUCUCGGGCUUCUAAAGCCCGUUGAGAAGUGUUGGCAACCGCAAGACUAUCUCCCGGACCCUGCAUCAGAAGGGUUUGAAGAGCAAGUCAAAGAGCUGAGGGAAAGAACUAAAGAAAUCCCUGAUGACUACUUUGUAGUUUUGGUCGGGGAUAUGAUUACAGAAGAAGCCCUUCCAACUUAUCAGACCAUGCUUAACACAUUGGAUGGAGUUCGGGAUGAGACUGGUGCGAGUCUGUCUCCCUGGGCUAUAUGGACGAGGGCAUGGACUGCGGAAGAGAACCGGCAUGGUGAUCUGCUUAACAAGUAUCUUUACCUCUCUGGACGAGUUGAUAUGAAGCAAAUAGAGAAGACAAUCCAAUACCUGAUAGGAUCAGGAAUGGAUCCAAAAACCGAGAACAACCCGUAUCUUGGUUUCAUCUACACUUCAUUCCAAGAGAGAGCUACCUUCAUCUCUCACGGUAAUACUGCAAGGUUAGCCAAAGACCAUGGUGAUGUUAAACUUGCCCAGGUGUGUGGUAUUAUCGCUGCAGAUGAAAAGCGUCACGAAACUGCAUACACGAAAAUAGUCGAAAAACUCUUUGAGCUUGAUCCAGAUGGCACAAUCUUGGCUUUAGCCGACAUGAUGAGAAAGAAGGUGUCUAUGCCUGCUCACUUAAUGUACGAUGGUAUGGAUGACAACCUUUUCGACAAUUACUCGUCAGUUGCUCAACGCAUUGGAGUCUACACGGCCAGGGACUAUGCGGACAUCUUGGAGUUUCUUGUUCAGCGAUGGAAUGUAGAAAAAGUGACAGGGCUUUCUGGCGAGGGACAUAAAGCACAAGAUUUUGUGUGCGGAUUGGCCCCAAGGAUUAGGAAACUCGAGGAGAGAGCUCAAGCUCGGGCAAAACAAGCGUCUCUUGCUCCUUUCAGCUGGAUUUUUGGUAAACAAUUGACCGUCUAAAAGUUAUUGUCCCUCAAGUAAGAUUCUUUAUGUUUGAAGAUGAUGUUGGAAAGAAGUCUAGUUAGUGUAGAUACUUUUGUUUGAAUGUUGAGCAGUUCAAGAAUAGAGAAACUUGUAGGUUUGGUAAAGCUACCCAUGUCUAAAAUAUGUUGUAUGAGUAAAACAAGAUCCUACGUUGGAUCUACAGCCUUCUUGGAUUAGUUUGUUUAUAAAGCUUAUAAAUGAAUGACCUCUUUCUUAACACUA